GGUACAUUUCCAAUCCAUACUUUCCCUCCUCCUAUCUUAAAAAUCCCACCACCGUGGUUCGCCGGAAAAUGUCUAGGCUUCUAACCACCACAACCGUCCACAUCUCCGCCACCGCUAUCCUCCUCACUAAAUCCCGACCACCACCACAAGUCCACCAUCACUUCACCUCCACUCAUCUUUUCCCCAAACCUCACCUUCGUUAUCCUUCCUUCACUAUCCGAGCUAUCAACUCCGAUACCAAAAACGACGACGUUUCAUCACAGAAUGAUAAAAUCGAAUUAUUAGACUCUAAUAAUAAUAAUAAUGGUGGAUUAAUAAGUAAUUACGAUGAUAGUUUAUAUCCUAGUGGUGAAUUUGAAUAUAAAAACCCUGGCGCGUGGAAAACAUUUGUGGUUAAGCUACGUAUGUUGAUUGCUUAUCCGUGGCAACGUGUUCGGAAAGGCAGUGUUUUGAAUUUGAAAUUGCGUGGACAGAUAUCCGAUCAGGUGAAGACUCGUUUUUCUUCGGGAUUAUCCCUGCCACAAAUAUGUGAAAACUUGAUUAAGGCAGCAUAUGAUCCUCGUAUAUCUGGUGUUUAUCUCCACAUUGAAACCUUAAGUUGCGGAUGGGGUAAAAUCGAAGAAAUUCGAAGGCACAUAUUGGAUUUUAGGAAGUCAGGAAAGUUUAUAGUUGGUUAUGCACCUGCAUGGGGUGAGAAGGAGUAUUACCUUGGCUGUGCCUGUGAAGAGCUAUAUGCCCCUCCAAGUGCUUAUUUUUCAUUGUAUGGUUUAACUGCUCAAGCACAAUUUCUUGGUGGUGUACUUGAGAAAGUAGGUGUGCAACCACAAGUUCAGAGGAUUGGUAAAUAUAAGAGUGCUGGUGAUCAACUGACUCGCAAGAAUAUAUCCGAAGAAAAUCGUGAGGUGCUUACUACUCUGGUAGAUAAUAUCUAUGGGAAUUGGGUUGAUAAGAUUUCUGAAGCCAAAGGAAAGAAAAAGGAAGAUAUUGAGAGUUUCAUUAAUGAAGGAGUUUAUCAAAUAGACAAGUUGAAAGAAGAUGGAUGGAUAACAGAUAUAAAGUAUGAUGAUGAGGUUACAUCUAUGUUGAAAACAAAACUGGGCAUUGCGGAGGAGAAAAAGCUCCCAGUUGUUGAUUACAAGAAGUACUCCAGAGUUAAGAAAUCAACUGUGGGGUUAUCUGGUGGCAAGGAUCAAAUAGCAGUAAUUAGGGCCUCCGGUAGCAUCAGUCGUGUACGAGGGCCGUUCAGUUCACCUAGUUCAGGCAUCAUUGCUGAGCAAUUUAUUGAGAAGAUUCGCAUUGUAAAAGAGUCGAAAAGGUAUAAGGCUGUAAUUAUCCGAAUUGAUAGCCCUGGAGGUGACGCUCUUGCUUCCGACUUGAUGUGGAGGGAAAUCAGACUAUUGGCUGAAUCUAAGCCUGUUAUCGCAUCAAUGGUAGAUGUGGCUGCUAGUGGAGGGUACUACAUGGCCAUGGCAGCUCAGGCUAUAGUCUCCGAGAACCUUACUUUGACAGGUUCAAUUGGUGUUGUCACAGGUAAAUUUAAUUUGGGGAAACUAUAUGAAAGGAUUGGUUUCAACAAGGAAAUCAUAUCGAAGGGACGAUAUGCUGAGCUAACUGCUGCUGACCAGCGACCAUUCAGGCCUGAUGAAGAGAAACUUUUCGCUGAAUCUGCCCAGAAUGCUUAUAAAUCGUUUCGUAACAAGGCAGCAUUUUCAAGAUCAAUGAGUGUGGAUAAGAUGGAAGAGUUUGCUCAAGGGAGGGUAUGGACUGGAAAUGAUGCUGCUUCACGGGGGUUAGUUGAUGCAAUUGGAGGGUUCUCACGGGCUAUUGCUAUAGCAAAACAGAAGGCAAACAUAGCUGAGGACAAACAGGUUACUUUGGUUGAGCUGUCAAAGUCAUCACCCUCUUUACCAGAAAUCCUGAGUGGUAUAGGGAGUUCAGUAAUUGGAAUAGACACGACACUGAAACAAUUGAUGGAUGGGUUGACAUCGAGUGACGGGGUACAAGCUCGUAUGGAUGGAAUCAUGUUUGAAAGAUCGGAAGGAUCUUCAUUUGCAAACCCUAUUUUUAAUUUGCUAAAAGAUUACUUAAGUUCCCUUUGAACUCGGGAGCAUAUACACUUUGAUGAGCACCUCUGAGUCAUGAAGCAUGCUGAUGCAAGACCGAGACACCCUGUUUUCAGCUUUUUGGAAACCAUUACUAAAUGUGACAUUCGACCGUGAAAACUACUGAAACCAAAAGAAAGUAGUUCAUUUCAUAUUGGACAUAAGAUUGUAUAUAUUUCUAAUUAGAUAUCGGAGGAGCGACGAGGAGAGUUAAAUGGACUUCAUUAGUUCCUCCCAUAUGGCCAUAUGUGCCUAAUUUGUAUUAAAGCGAUUCAAGUCAUCUUUCAUCCGUAUGGUCUUAAAGCGACUCAAUUCAUUUACAUUAUAAAUCUUUUGUAUUUAAAUACACAAAAAUAUAUAUGAUAAACUAUUAGAAA